AUGUCAAUUAUUGGAACAAUUCAUGAAGAUGUAACAACGGACGUCCUUGGUAAAAUUGGGUCAUGGCAAUGGCUAGUUACUAUGGUUUCCGCUACAAUGUUAUUUACCGCCUUCUUUAAUCAACACGAAGACAUGUUCCUUCUUCAGCCGCCUAAUGCUUUGUGUGUAACAGAUAAAAUAGGAGUGUACAACAAUACGUUAUGUUCUGUGACCUAUUUUAAUAACAAAACCGAGAUAUUGAAGUGUAAAGAGUGGCAAAUCAAAGUAAUGGGUUUUAUCAACCUUGAGAAAUCAUGGUUAAUUUUCUGUGAUCACAAAUUAGCACUGAUUUCGGCAGCCUUAUUGAGCCGCUUAGGUUCAGCGCUUGGAUGCAUAAUUUAUGGUUUAAUUGCAGAUAGAUUUGGAAGAAAAAUUCCAAUAAUCAUAAAUGUAAUAUCUGAGAUUACACUUGGAGCGGUGCUUAUGUUUUGCGAUUCAAAAUUAUGGUCCUUCUUUUUUGUUUUUCUUAAAUCUUUAUUUGCAAGCGCCAAUAUUUACUUAAGUUUAGUUACUGUUUGCGAAAUUGCAAGCAAUGAAUGGCGCUCCCGUCUCUGCUUCAUAGUAGCAAUGCCACGAUUACUCGCCUACGUGUAUAUGGUUCCUUUAACAAACAGCCUUCCUAAUAUUGAAACUUACAGCCUGAUCGGAAGCAUGCUGGGACUACUAUACCUAAUUUUACUCAGAUGGUAUCCAGAAUCACCACAAUGGUUACUGUUUAAUGGAAUGAUUCACAAAACAGAAAAGCUGUUAUUCAUGGCCGCAAAGAGGAAUGGCAUUAAACUAUGCAAUGAUUUUAAGAUAAAACCUGCAGACCACAAAGCUUAUUAUUGUUUGGAUCAAGUAACAACAUGCCUAGGAUUUCUAACCACACACAACGUCAGAGUAACGUGCAUAGUGAUUGUUAUAUUUUGGAUCCUGUACAAUUUUCUAUGGAGCUGUUUAUAUGUUCAAAUCUACAGUGAAGUUGUCACGAGUCUUUUUUUACUGGAAGUGUUCAGCUUGGGAUGUUUGGUCGCGUGCCUGACAAUUAUACUAUCCGCCAAGAUUCCUUUCAAACAUUUGCUAUUCAUUCACGUAGUUGUUACUGGAGUAUUGACAGCGUGCGUUAAACUUUUUGAUAAGAAUACAAGUAGACGGUUGUUACUUUCAAUUGCACUUGGAUCCGGAAUCACAGUUCAUGCUUUGAUUUUGAAUGUCACUCCGCGCUUAUUCGCCAUCAAUAUAAGAGCUACUAUCUUCGGUUGUUGUCAUGCGGCUGGUCAACUGGGAUCUAUAAUAAGUUAUACUAUUCUUCUUUUAACACCAACAAAUAACGUAACACAGAUAUGUACUGAGGCGUUGGUAACGAUUGUGCUCAUAGGACUGUGCUUUAUGGUUCUCGACGUGGAUAGACGAGAGCUACCAGAUGUCUUGGAAGACAUGGAUUACUUUUCAGAGUUAUCGAAGCCACUUCGUUGGGCCACACAAAAGACGAAUUCGCCUUCUCAAGAAGAAACAGAAAUGAGAGUCCAUUCUUUUGGAAGUGCUGCUCAAGUCACGUCGAUGAUCUUUGAGGAUCGCCAACCGGCAAAACCUAUUGGAUGUGCACGAAUUUGGAAAUUGUUUUCCGGGAUUAUACGCAAUUUAAGACGAUUACAUUAA